AGGAGUGGUUUUAAAAAAAUCUUUCUGGCUUUGGGGGAGUGAGGUAUGUUCUUUUUUGCAGACUAAGGAAAAAAGCAGUUGUGGGCCUACCAUUCUGGGAAAGCCUUUAAACCAGUUCUGCUGUGUGCCCCUUUUUCUGAAUUUUUCUGAAUGUGAUUCCCCUUUUUCUGGAGAAGAGAAGGGUCUCUGGGGAACAUCGAAGGCUUCUUCAGGGAGAGGCCAAAUGGAGCCAAGAGGAAAAAGGACUUUAAAGAGAACAGGCACAUGGUUAUGAGCUUUCGGGUCUCGGAGCUGCAGGUGCUUCUGGGGUUUGCCGGCCGGAACAAGAGCGGGAGGAAGCAUGAGCUGCUCACCAAGGCGCUGCAGUUGCUGAAGUCAGGCUGCAGCUCCGCUGUUCAGAUGAAAAUCAAGGAGCUGUACCGGCGGCGCUUCCCCCGCAAGAUCCUUACCCCUUCGGACUUGUCCAUGCUUCACCUCCAGGCGGGGCAGCUGCCCUCAGCCACGGCUUUGACCCAGGGCGCCAUGUGCCACCUGCCUUACGACAAUGGAGCGGUGGCGUCCGGUGUGCCGGCUGGCAUGCUGCCUCCCGUGCCGAUGCUGGGUCCCAAACACGAGGCUGACGUGCCCCACUUGUCGCCCCCCAUCCACCCUGUCCAUCCAGAUGUGAAGAUGCGGCGCCUGCCCUUUUAUGACGUCUACGACGAACUCAUCAAGCCCACCACCUUGGCUUCCGUGAACAGCCAGAGGUUUGAGGAAGCACAUUUCACUUUUGCCCUCACUCCUCAGCAGGUGCAACAGAUUCUCACUUCUAGAGAUAUCUUACCUGGUGCCAAAUGUGAUUAUACCGUACAGGUACAAUUGAGGUUCUGUUUAUGUGAAACCAGCUGCCCGCAAGAGGAUUACUUCCCCCCCAAUUUGUUUGUUAAAAUCAAUGGGAAGCUUUGUCCUUUGCCUGGUUAUCUUCCCCCCACGAAAAACGGCGCAGAGCCCAAGCGGCCAAGUCGACCAAUCAACAUCACUCCCUUGGUGCGCCUUUCGGCCACAGUCCCCAACACAAUUGUUGUGAACUGGUCGUCUGAGUUUGGCAGGAAUUACUCCCUGUCUGUCUACCUGGUGAAGCAGCUGACCUCGGUGACUCUGCUGCAGAAGCUGAGGGCGAAGGGCAUCCGGAACCCUGACCAUUCCCGAGCCCUGAUCAAAGAGAAGCUGACAGCUGAUCCUGACAGUGAGAUUGCCACCACGAGUUUGCGAGUGUCACUCAUGUGUCCGCUGGGCAAGAUGAGGCUGAUUGUUCCCUGUCGUGCCUUUACCUGCACCCACCUCCAGUGCUUCGAUGCAGCCCUCUACCUUCAGAUGAAUGAGAAGAAGCCCACCUGGACUUGCCCUGUCUGUGACAAGAAGGCUCCAUACGAGGGCUUGAUCAUCGAUGGGUUGUUCAUGGAGAUCCUCAACUCUGUUACGGACUGUGAUGAGAUUCAGUUCAUGGAAGAUGGAUCCUGGUGCCCCAUGAAGCCCAAGAAGGAGAACCAGGAGGUUUGCCAGCCAUCAGCUUACAAUGGACUGGAAGCCUCCCUGUACACGGUGGGCUCGGAAGGAAAGCAGCUGUCUGAAAACAAGAAGAAAGUGGAGGUGAUUGACCUGACCUUGGACAGCUCUUCGGAUGACGAGGAGCCCCCCAGCAAGAAAGUGUGUCCCGUGGCCAUUGCAGCUGUCCCGCCGGCAGCAGGACCUAAGGGGAUUUUAAACACGGAUCACCAGCCCUCCUCAGUGCUGCGGAGUCCUCCAAUGGCUGCGGUGGGCAGCGACUUCCUCUCCAGCCUCCCUCUGUCCGACUACCACCCUUCUUAUCCAGUCCCUUCAGACAUCCAAGGCCUGGAUUUGUUUUCCUUCCUUCAAAGUGAAAAUCAGCAUUACAGCCCCUCCGUGAUCACCUCCCUAGAUGAACAGGACACCCUGAGCCACUUUUUCCAGUAUCGUGGUCCCUCCCCGCAUUUCAUGAGCCCCCUGGCUCCAAUCGUGGUGGGGUCCCACAGUGGAGUUGGCUCCCCCCCUGGCAGCCGCAUGAACAGCGUUGUCUCUUCGCCCACAGCCAGCCUGCGGGAGAGCCACAGCCACAGCGGCACCCUGGGGAGCAGCCCAGUUCUGCCAGGGUGUCGGCCAGAUAUCAUCUCUCUGGACUAGAGGUGGGCACCCUUUGGAACUGUGUGCCGAGGGGGCUCCGUUCCUCUGGAGGAAAGAAGGAAGUAAAUUUCAGCAAACACGGAUCUCAGAAGAUGGAGACCUGGCAGAGCUCUUUUACUGUGUGUGUGCUGUCUUCUGUGGCGAGACUGGAAAAACCAUGAUGUCGGCAGUUUUUAAAGCUGGAGGUUCUCCUGGAGGCCAAGCCUUUGAUCCCUGGUGGCUGCAGAGCGAUCUGUCCCUAAACCAGAAGAAUCACAGCUAUAUUUUGGUCAUGGGAUACUUGAGUCAGCAGGGACUAGACAGGCAGUUGCUGACACGCUGUAGUCUGUCCAAGUUGCAGAAUCCUGGACUUUUUCCUCACUAUGAAAACUAGGUUUGGAUGUGCAGGAUUGGGUGUAACUGGAACUGAUAAUGUCAGGCAUGAGCACAAGCGGUGUUUGAAAUUCAAAACGGCUUGAACUCAGAACAGGUUGUCAUGACCAUAGUAGAACUGGUUCAAGCUUGGAACGCAUCUGCUGGAUUGGAACAGCCUCGGGGCCCUUCUGGCAAAAUCCGAAGGCUGUGUUAACUCCACAUUUGAGGUUUGAAUCAAACAAUUGCCCGACACUAGAAAUUGGCUCCUCCUAGUAUUAAAACAAACAUUCUUUUUAAGGAUCCUGGGCAGGAAUAUCACACUAGACCAAUUGAGGCCAACGUGAGCGUUUGCAAGUUCUUCAAUUGUCAUAGCUCUGUUGCGGGGGAAGGACCACCCGAUGAGCCCUUCUGUGCACGUGGCAGCUCUGUGGAAGCCUUCCAACCAAAGUUCUUUCCCUACCCCAGUGUAUAUUUUCUGUCCUUAUUUUAUUACUCCUGCCCUAUACCAGCAGUCUGUUUAGAGGUUUGAGGGUGUAAUAAGGGAAUUCUGAAUUUUACCCAGAAAAAUUCACUGCUUUCCAUUCCUCCCAUUCUAUAUUGUUUACUAUGAUUUAGCCUUGACUGGCUUCACAUACCGGGCUAAGCCGUGGGGUGGCCUUUUGAUCCUGUGAUGCAGGAACCUGGCUGUUGUGAUUUGCAUGGUAUAAAAUUGGCAGCUACAGUUUGUUCAACAAACCAUGGUUACAACAAACAUGGCUUAGCAUGUGCUCCUUGUUAAUAACUGGUUUCUUUACAAAGCCUGUGAAGAGCAAGGUCAGGAGGCACCUGGGCUGUCUAAUCAUGGUGCUGCUCAGACUGCAGAUAGUUGGGAUCCAGGUAGUCUUUGAGGACAUGUGGGGCUCUGUUCCAAAAUGUGGGUAUGCCCGUAACAAAAACUAAUUUGAAUUCAUUGACCAUUUUAAUUUAAAAACUUAAAUUUCUCCCUGCAUAUUUAAGCAUUCCCUUUCUGUCACAACUUGGGGUUAACUUUUGAGGAUUUAGGCUGCACUAUACGUGGGUAGUGUCAGUUCAUCAGAGAAGGCCUUUGUAAUGUAAGCAUUGCAAGAAACAUCGGUGUCUGCUAAGGAAUGGCAUUAUCUUCAAAGGACAUUUGGGGAAAACUCCCCAGGUGGCCCUGCAGGACUGGUUCUCUUGCGUCCUUAGGAGGUAGGUUCGUUGAGAAGACACGCAGGCAGCCCGGAAACUCUUCCCCGCUUCUGCCUCUUGGUCGCUGCAGUUGCUCAUCCUUGCCUCCUUCCAGUCGAGGCUGCUAUUUGGAAAUCUGUUUGAAGAAAUGGGCCACGUGGUCCUGGCGCGAAAGAGCCGCGAAGGACGUCUUGCCAGAGACUUUUGAGCAGCGAGGCCUAAGGCCUGAAUCCCGAUGGUGACCUCUGCGAAGCCUGGACGCAGUCCCCGGGCCAGAAGACGGCUCUUCUCAGACACUCCCGGGUUCGGAUUUUCUGAACUCUUCUGCGCUCGUCCAAGGCCACAAUCCAGCCAGCCACCGCAGGGAGCCACUGGGAACGCGCUGGGAGGUUGGUGAACUUUUAGGAUCUCGGUUGGGGCACAUCAUGCUUCCUGCCCAAUUGGUUUGGCUGUGCUGCAGUGCCCGCCUUCCCCCCCCCCCCGGACUGGACCUGAAGGGUGGUGUCGUCUUUGAAGCCUGCUUUCCACACACCUGGGUUGGGCUCAGGUGCCAAGGGAUCUGCCUACUAGUAGACCCUGAAAAAUCCCACAAUUUGGUUGCUAUUAAUGGUUGUUACCAGUGACUGCCCGGUCUGUAGACUUGCUGUUACGAUGUAUUUUUUUACACUUUAGUUCUAGAAUUUCCACCCCUCUUAAAAUAUUUCCUAUCAAUCCUGUACAGAGAACAAAAGAUCUAUCAAUCAAUCAAUCUAUAUAUAUAUAUUAUAAUCUAUAUUUUCAGUUUUUGUACAUAACGCAACUCCAAAGAUCUUUCUCUGUAUUUUUUUUCCUUUUCUGAGGACUAAAUGAAGGUUGCAUCAUCCUUUGCACACACGUGAGUGAGCAGAGGGCAGUGCAUCGUCCAUUGCA